GCGGAUCCCGUAGGAGGAAAAUAUGUCGGCUCCUGUUUGACAAGCAGCACGCUACCUGUUAGUCAGGUUGGAACACCAAAACACGUCUGAGAAUUUUUCAAAUGACGCGCAACGGUUCAGUUCCAUCACUGCCAUGCCUUGCUUCCGUUUUUAACACAUCGAAAUCUGUAUUUGCGACUGUCGCGGUUGAAGAGAGCGGGCUAACCCACGAACAGCGACCACGGAAGCUAACGUCAACGUCAUCAGAAAGAAACUGAAAAUAUACUGAGUUUUUACCCAAAGUCAGUGCAAAGACCAGAUCUUCAGCAACAACAAUGAACGUAGCAAAAAGUGGCUAUCGUGUUUUCUCGGCAAACUCCUCAGUUGCAUGCACAGAGCUGGCGAAAAAGAUAACGGAGCGACUUGGAGUUGAGCUGGGAAAGUCUGUUGUCUUUCAAGAGUCCAAUAGUGAGACGAGAGUUGAUGUAAAAGAGUCUGUACGUGGGCAAACCAUCUUCAUCAUCCAGACCAUACCAAGAGAUGUAAACACUGCAAUCAUGGAGCUGCUGGUCAUGGCCUAUGCCCUUAAGACCUCAUGCGCAAAGAACAUCAUUGGCGUUAUUCCAUACUUCCCUUACAGCAAACAGUGCAAAAUGAGGAAGAGGGGCUCCAUAGUAUGCAAACUGUUAGCGUCUAUGUUGGCUAAAGCAGGACUAGCACACAUCAUCACCAUGGAUUUGCAUCAGAAAGAGAUCCAGGGUUUCUUUUCUUUUCCCGUGGACAAUUUGCGGGCCUCCCCAUUCCUGAUCCAGUAUAUCCAAGAGGAGAUUCCGGAUUACAGGAACGCCAUCAUUGUGGCCAAAUCCCCAGCAGCAGCUAAGAGAGCUCAGUCCUAUGCAGAGCGCUUGCGCUUGGGUCUGGCAGUGAUUCAUGGUGAGGCUCAGUGUUCUGAGUCCGACAUGGCUGACGGAAGGCAUUCACCGCCGUCCGUGCGCAACACCACAGGACACACAGGAUUAGAGCUUCCUUCAGGCAAACAACAAGCUCCGUUCCCUGGCAUUGAGCUUCCAAUAAUGAUGGCCAAGGAGAAACCUCCCAUUACUGUUGUUGGGGACGUAGGGGGAAGAAUUGCCAUCAUCGUGGAUGAUAUCAUUGAUGAUGUAGGAGAUUUUGUGGCAGCCGCUGAGAUCCUGAAAGAAAGAGGUGCUUAUAAAAUUUACAUCAUGGCAACACAUGGAUUACUGUCAGCUGAUGCCCCACGUCUCAUAGAAGAGUCAGCCAUUGAUGAGGUGGUGGUGACCAACACAGUCCCACAUGAAGUGCAGAAGCUUCAAUGUCCAAAAAUCAAAACUGUGGACGUCAGUAUGAUCUUGGCAGAGGCCAUUCGGCGUAUCCACAAUGGAGAAUCCAUGGCCUACUUGUUCCGCAACAUUGCAGUGGACGACUAGGGUGUGAAUCUGUGAAGUGGAUCUGGCUGUGACUGAAGGAAGGUGCACUUUUUAUAAUUUUCCUGCUACUUCAACCAUGAUAUAGUGGAAAAAAACAAAACAUUUUAUGCAUUGCCUCUAAGUCCUUGUUUGUCUACUUACUUACCGUGUCAUUCCUCAAAUCUCUAUUUUAAAUAUGUGAAUAAAAUCGCUAAAUUCUAAUGAAGUACAAUUCUAAUCUGCAGUGUAUUUCUAAAUUAUUUCAAUUUCGUUAAUAGACGUAGCCCAAAUUAAUAUUUCUUAAAACAAAUAAUAGCUGAGAAUUAGUCAAAUGUGUAUUCUUAUUCUGUUUUUCCUCUUACUCUCUUUCUGGCAUUUGUGGUCCUACCUGCAUUACACUGUGAUUAGUUUGCAUUUAAUAUGGGGCAUGUGGUAUCCAGCUACCAAAACUAGCUCAUUGCUGACAAUUUUGAGGAGUUUUUGCACCAUUUAUUAUACAAUUAUGGUCAGGUAGGGUAUGCUAAGUGAGUUGCUAGGAGGCUUUUUACACCCCUCAUGAAAUAGUUUUUGCAGAGAAGAAGAACCUCACCCGUUUAUGAAUGUGUUGAUUUUUAUCUAGGUGACAAUCCUCUGUUAGACUCACACAGAUUCAAUACAUGCACUGAAUAGACACUGUAGCAUCAUCACUUAUAUUUGUAUUCUUAAUUAAUCUUAUAGUUUGCAGCAAUCCUGUUAGAUCAGAAGUUAUACCAGUGGUUCUUAAUCUGGGUUCGAUUGAACCCCAGGGGUUCGGUGAUUCAGUCUAAGGGGUCCGGUGAAGGUUGAGACACGCAGGGCCCUAUUUUUGGAGGCUGACUAAAUCCAGGCAAAGUGGCAUUUUAGACCAGGUUUUGGACUGGUUAGUCCACAAUAUACAGGCUUUAUUCCAGUUCUUUCAACUGCUAGACCUCUAUCUGAUGGGAGGAGAAGCUGGUUUGCUCAGUGGAAGGUUGACUCUCACUUGGAAUGAGGAAAUAUAACAGACCUAUGGGUAACGUGUACUGCCCUGACAUAAAAAACAACAACAAUUGCGCCACAAUUUAGGCCAUGAAAAUAAUAGGUGAGGGAAGGAUGCGAUAGAAUGAGCAUUUUGACAUUAAAACAAAAAUAGAAAGUGGUGAAAUGAAUUGAGUUUAUUUUACUUUUCCAAUGUGAAAAGCAAAUCAAAAGAUUCAUGUCUAUUUUUUUAUGUAACUUUAUGUAUAAAUUUGGCGAUCAUUUUGUGUGGGGUUUUUCAUUAAAUUUGAUACCAUAUGAGAUGUAAACAUGACAGAAACUGCACAGUCAUUAUUAAUGCAACACAGCAGGUUUAAUAUCGAACAAUAUAACAUAUACUGUAUUCCUCCAAAUUUGAAUGAAAAAUUUUAACAUACUGUACGUGCAUUGGGCCAAUCUUGGUUUGGUGGUCUGAUGAUGCUGGAGGCAUAAAUGUAUAAACAUACAUUUUGGCCUGUUUAAAAACAUGCUGUCUAAAUGAGAAGAAAUUUGAAUGAAAAUUUACUUAGGUUUUAGGUUUCUAGCUUAGAUAUAUCGAUAAGGAAUUUGAGAAAGAAAGAAAAAAAAGAUUUUUCUAAUUCCAGUGGGUUCAGUUAAUGCACGUGUGAAACUCGUGGGGUUUGGUACCUUUAGCAAGGUUAAGAACCACUGAUUUAUACUAUUGUUCUGUGGUGCUACCGCGUUAAAGUAUGUCCCUCUGUUGGAUUAACUUAGCAUUUAGCUCAGCUAUACUUUCUAACUUAGCAUUUAGCUCAGCCAUACUUUCUAAAGAGUAUUUUCUGAAGUCAGUUUGUGCUGUUUGUGCUAAAUGAAUGCCUUUUUCAGUGUUUUAAAUGUCGGUCCUUAAGUCUAAAUAUGAAGUAAAGACACUUUUGGCUAUAUGAUCCUGUCAAAGCGUACUUUGAUUAAAUCUCGAAAAGCAAUGUUGUUCGUCCACCCUAAAAAAUUCUCGCAAUGUGGCAUUACUGAACUAAAGGUAUUAUACCACUGUGCUCCAUCACUAAGUAUGAUUUCUUAUUAUGGGAAAAUCUAAAGUUUCUCUUCAGCUCCAUAUUAAGACUGAAUCAGCUUUGCAUACGUACAGUACGUGCUAUGAGUCUAAAAUUAACUUGAGACAGCUUAUUUCAAACCAAAACUGGCGUGAUUUUUAGACUUUACCAUAAUAAAAGCGGAUAACUAUCGGGUGCCUCGAAGUUGAGUUUGACAUUGAUGAUAAAAUCAGUGGUAGGAUUAUCAAAAAUGUGCAAAUAACAUGUAUUUACAGUCUAAGUGUACAGUUAAGUUUAAAUGUUUCCUGUUGACCUACUGUAUGUAUAUUUUGAACAUGUGCACCUUUUGAGCAUUAGUGCUUAAUGCUUAGUCUGUAUAUUAAUAUAUAUCUCUGCUCAGCGAGCUCUUUGCUCAGGGAUAUAUCCUCUUAAGCAAAUGCAAAAAUAUGUAUUUCCACAUUUGCUGAUUGUGUGCUUACCUUUUUGCCUUUUGUUUAGUUUUCAAUGCCUUGUUUCCUCUAAGCUAUACUGCAAAUGCAUGUGCUGAUUCGUAAGCAGGAAGUUGCUGUAAUUUAAUGUCUUCCCUUUUUUGUUUUUUUGUCAAACUUCCUCCUUGACUGUAUGUCAUUGUCUGUUCAAUAGAAUAAAGUACAAUUGGGGGGAAAAACUGUUUGCCAGAUUGGUGUGUGAUUUAUUCACAGUUAAUGUUUAUAUGAUUUUGAUGCCUAGUUCAUGUAGGUUUUCUGUGUAGCAGAACUAUGCUCAAGGAACUGAGUAACUUAUCAGAGAAGAUCAGAGUCACUACUGACGGGUCAAACUCAGUCAACUGACUGGUCAGUAUGAUGGCCAUUAUGCCUGAACGAUAUUAGAAAAAACUAUUGUUGCCAUUUUUGGGGGGGUUUGCAAGAUAUUGCGAUAUUAAAAUGCGAUAUUAAAAAAAAA